AAAGGAUCAGGGGAAAAUCGUCGCUGCCGUUCCAUGCUAGUUUCUCGUGACAGCUGUGGCCGAGAUGGGCUUGGAUGCGAACAUUGUAUCUCCGUCUCAGCCGGAUGACCCUGACCCGUCCCAGCUGCUGCACUAUCUUCCGGAUUACGAGGUUGUCAUUUGCAGUACCUGCCGAUAUGCCGUCCAGCCUCAUGGGAUCUUGCGUCAUCUGAAAGAGAUUCAUCGAAUCCUCCGUGGCCGCCGGCGGAAGUAUUCUCAUUACGUUGCCAGCUUGUGCCUUAGAGAGCCAAACGACGUCGUACCUCCCAGUGGUGCUGAUCAGUUUCCGGUCCCAUACCUACCGGUUGAGCCCGGUCUUCGAUGCCAGGCAGCUGGUUGCAUGUAUCUAUGUGCUUCUAACAAGCGCAUGCAGUCCCACUGGAGGACUGUCCAUGGACGAAAGGGCGAUUGCACCACAGACUGGCGUCCGGUUCCCCUACAGACUUUCUUCCGCGGCAAUCACUUACGGUAUUUCACUUCUGUUGGAGCAAAGCCACAUAAUGAUUUGCCAUCCUCUGUGUUCGGUCCACUCACAGCAGGGCUUUCAGGAGGCCGGCUCCAUGCAGGCUUGGAUUCCAUGGACUCUGCUCUUCUGGACCACUACCUCCGACACACAUACCAUAGUUUCACCACCAACGAAGAAACUGAUAAGAUAUGGCGCUCGGUUGUCCCGGGUCUAGCACACCAGAAUGUAUUCCUUCUGCAUGGCCUGCUAGCCUGCACAAGCUUGCACAGAGCACACAUGAGCUCUGGGCAUGCGAACCAGGAAAAGGCAUUUCUUCUAAGAGCGUAUCACCAUCAAGGCAUUGCUCUCCCGCAUUUUCGGCACGCUAUUGAGCAUCCUACGGCGGAUAAUUGCCAUGCCAUCUUGGCAUUUGCAUAUCUGCUAGUGGUAUACUCUUUUGCCGCGGAUCAACCUGGGUGCUCAGACUCAAACUUGAGCGAGGACUCGUUGCUUCUAGUGGAUCGGAAUAGUGGCGAAGGCACCGAGCCUGAUAGCAUUCUUUGCAACUGGCUAUACUUUCUCCGCGCUGGUUGCUCUAUGCUGUGUGAGGUAUGGGAGCAGUUGAACGAAGGCCCCGUCAGAGCACUUUCGGAGGCCUGGGACAUUGAUUUUGGUUACGACCCAGAACCCUCAUAUUUGACACUUCUCCUGUCAGUGAUCCCAAAUAAGGCAACCGCCACACAAAGCACUGGCGAUACAAAUGAGACGACUCUCGUUUGGCCCGAAGAUGUGACGGCCAUUUAUCAAGAGGCUGCCAUUGUUUUGUGCCGAUCAUUUGCGUACGUGCGUGCCCACCGCGGACUACUUACUACCUGGGACGUUCUCCGCAUAUGGCCCAUGGAAGUGUCGCUAGAAUACAUGGCUCUUCUCCAUCAACGGCACCCUGGUGCACUUAUAUUGCUAGCGUACUAUUGUGUUCUGUUGAAGCAGAUGGAGAGGCACUGGUACUUCGAAGGGCGCGGGGCAAUGCUAAUUCGCGCCAUUCAAAGACAUUUGAAGCCGGAGUGGCAUAUAUUUAUCCGGGAGCCAUUGCAUAUGGUUGUAGGAGUGCCUGAUGAUGGCCAUCUUUUUGACAAGAUUUAGCUAUCUCUACAGGCAGUUCGGGGAGCAUUCCGUGUCGGACAACGUAGUAGUUUCGGUAUUGUUUCCACCAGCGGAUUAUACCGUUCACAGGAUGAGCCGCUGAGGAGCGAUAUGGAAGGUUAGCACAUCAGGAUUUACCCUCUCGGCGAGUCAAUACAUCGAUUUGACUUUG